AAGCACUGAGGAGCCGCAGACCGGAGCGGAGCGCAGCAGGAAGGCAUCACAUCUCCAGCCAGCCCCAAAGAGGAUGGACAGGACACUGAAGCAGAGAGUACGUGCGGAUUAAAGGACUCGGGAGAAGCCGUCAAAAUUCAGGACUGGCAAGAGAGUCAGUUCAGCCUCUCAGGCUUGUAGUUUCAGACACUGAUCAUUUCUCAAUCCCUGAAGAGAUUCCUUCCCCAGGGAAGUGAAAAUAAUGAACUUUUGGAGGUAUUACUUUUUUGCUUUCACCGUGUUCAGUGUGGUUAUCUGUGUGAUAUUUUACAAUAGCCAGUUGAGCCCGCCAAAAAGGUACGAGAAGCUGAACAGUUCCGGAGAAAGGUAUUUUAGAACAGAUGCCUGUAAUUAUGCUUUAAAAGACGAGCCAACCUUUUUGUGGGAAAAUACCCUACCAUUACCUUUGGGAAGUGUCCCCUGCAAGGACUACCUGAUCCAGAAUCACUAUAUCACAAGUCCCCUGUCGGAAGAGGAGGUCGCAUUCCCUUUGGCCUAUGUCAUGGUCAUCCACAAGGACUUCGAUACUUUUGAAAGGCUCUUUAGGGCUGUCUAUAUGCCCCAAAAUGUCUACUGCGUUCAUGUGGAUGAGAAAGCCCCAGCUGAGUUUAAGGGAUCUGUGCGGCAGUUACUGAGCUGUUUCCAAAAUGCUUUUAUCGCUUCAAAGGUAGAGUCUGUGGUUUACGCGGGAAUUUCCAGGCUCCAGGCCGACCUGAACUGCCUGCGAGACCUUGUGGCCUCCGAGGUUCCCUGGAAGUACGCCAUCAACACCUGUGGGCAAGACUUCCCCCUGAAAACCAACAGGGAAAUAGUUCAGCAUCUGAAAGGAUUUAAAGGGAAAAAUAUUACCCCAGGGGUGCUGCCCCCUGACCACGCAAUUGGACGGACCAAAUAUGUCCACCGAGAGCAUAUAGGCAAAGGUGGCUCCUUUGUGAAAAACACGAAAAUUUUGAAAACCUCACCUCCACAUCAGCUGACCAUCUACUUUGGCACUGCCUAUGUGGCCCUUACCAGAGAGUUUGUCAACUUUGUUUUCCAUGACAAAAGGGCCAUUGAUUUACUACAGUGGUCAAAAGAUACCUAUAGUCCUGACGAGCAUUUCUGGGUGACACUCAGUAGGAUUGCAGGUGUCCCUGGCUCUAUGCCAAACGCAUCCUGGACCGGUAACCUCAGAGCUAUAAAGUGGAUUGACAUGGAAGACAAACACGGAGGCUGCCACGGCCACUAUGUACAUGGUAUUUGUAUAUAUGGAAAUGGAGACUUACGGUGGCUGGUAAAUUCACCAAGCCUGUUUGCUAACAAGUUUGAGCUUAAUACGUAUCCCCUUACCGUGGAAUGCCUAGAACUGAGGCUUCGAGAAAGAACCCUCAAUCAGAGUGAAACUGCGAUACAGCCCAGCUGGUAUUUUUGACCUAUGACAGCUCAUGACUGAAGGUUCAUUGCACUUGGGAAGAAGAGCUUUUCUUUGUGAAACUUUUGCCUUGGUUGUGUUCAUGGUUUCAGGACCACGGUAAUGACUUCAAGACGACAUGAUCAUACUUAAAAUACCCACUGGACACUGUGAAAUAUGCUAACAGCAUGGCUAGGAGUGAUCCUGGCACUUUGGCCAGUCUUGCUGUUUCCUCGCGCUCACCUCUAUAUUAGCUUGUUGUUACGAUCAAUGUUAAAUAUAAACGUUGUUAGAUUUUGCACCAGAUACUCAUUAUAUAUAAAUGUUGUAAUAAAAAGGAGAAUUGUAGGUAAUACUAUUUAGCAAAAUAAGAAUUAGGUUUCUUUGAAGAAGGAGUCUUUUAUAACACAUUAAUAGUCACCACUCUGCUCAACUAAACAUAAAUAGAGAAACAGCUUUGGGUAACUCACCAAUUUCCUUUAGAACAUAAGCUACCAGAAUUGAGAACAGAUCUUGCUCCUGAGUUUCAGCACUAGCAUUUUCAGUUUUCCCACAUCCAAACUUCUGAAUAUAGUAUAAAGUCAUUAACAAGAUACAGGAUGUGCUUUAAGACAGAAGACACUGCUGUUUCAGUAAAAGGACCUCAGGGGAACAGAACAUUUCUCUGUUAUAUGCCGGAAUGUACCCUUCCCUCUUCCAUGUUUUCCACUGAGAACACUGAAAAGUCCUUCUAAGAAUGAAGAUAUGUCUACAAGAGAGGUGCUGUUGCAUAGAUCUAGUCUCAAGACUGGAACACCUCAGAAUGAAUCACUUUCCUCUCCUGUGACCCUCUCUCCUCAAUAUUAUCUUACUUGCAAAAUAGAGACCAAAUUCUACCCUGUGAGGCUUUUAACUACACCAUAGUGUUCUCUGAGUAGCUCUACAAUGCCUGAUGCUGAUAGGAGUGCCUGGGUUUU